GAGGGCUGCGAUGACAAACUCAAGAUCCCCCCAAAUCAGUAGCCAUUUAAGCAGCAGCCAGGAGUCAGAGUGGGAUGACGUGCUCCCAGUACCCAAACUCAGAUUUUCUGUGGCAUCUGUCCUCGUCUUCUGUUUAGCAGUGUUGUGUUUUGCGAACAGUUAUGACGGAGACUUUGUCCUUGAUGAUUAUGUUGCCGUCCUGUACAACAAAGACCUGCUUCCCGAGACCCCGCUUUCCGCCAUUUUCGCUCAUGACUUUUGGGGGAACAAGUUGGACUAUAGAAGCCACAAAUCCUACAGACCUCUCACCACCAUGACUUACAGGUGGAACUACGCAUGGGCAGGAUCUAUGCAGCCUGAAGGAUUCCACGUAGUCAACAUCGUCCUGCACGGCUUGGUGUCGGUCAUCUUCCUGGCAGUAUUCUCUGUCCUCAUGUCUGGUUACCAGGUUGACCAGGAAUCUGCCAGGCCGGUGUUUGCCUCACCCCGAGCUGCCCUCCUGUGUGCUGUGUUGUUUGCUGUGCAUCCUAUCCAUACUGAAAGUGUAGCAGGGAUCGUGGGUCGGGCCGACCUGCUGUGUGCCUUGACUUUCCUUCUAUCGUUCCUGUUGUACGCCAGGGCCUGUCUCCCAACUUCAUGCUUGGUCAGCUACCGUUCCCAAGUCCUUCUCCCUGGUGUCUCUUCAUGCUUGGUCAGCUACCGCCCCGAUUCCUUCUCCCUGGUGUCUAUACUGGCCAGUAUGUGUCUGUGUGUCGUGUCCACCUUCUGCAAGGAGCAGGGCAUCACUGUCAUAGGUAUUUGUAGCGCGUUUGACAUAAUCGUUGUAUGUGAAGUCGAUCCUUUCCAUUGGUUGGGACUCAACAAGGCAAGCAGGUCCAAGGAAGAUAAAUUAAAGAAGUUUAACCGACCGCGAUGGGUCAAUGGUCUCAUCCAGCGUCACCUCAUCUUGUUUAUAACCGGCGUGUUGGUCCUGAACAUUCGACUGCGGGUCAUGGGAUCAAUGCCUAUAUUCGAUGUCAACUUCAUCCCGCAUGCCUAUGUCAAUGGCACAAUAUACAGAGUUUUAAACUACAACUACCUCUAUGCCAUCAAUAUCUGGUUGCUGUUGAAUCCAUGGUGGCUGUGCUGUGAAUGGUCAAUGGGUUGUAUACCUGUCAUCACCUCAUUGGCUGAUCCUAGAAUCUUGGCAGUCAUAGCUCUCUGGACUGGGUUUGGUGCUAUCGUGUUCCAUUGCUGUAACGGGAAGGUCACACAUGAUCGCCGCAUCCUGAUAACGUCCCUGGCAGUAUUAGGGGUUCCCUUCCUGCCAGCCAGCAACCUGUUAUUCCGUGUGGGCUUCGUGAUCGCAGAGAGGAUUCUGUACCUGUCCUGUGCUGGCUUCUGUAUGUUGGUGGUGCUCGGGGCCAGACACAUCUGUUAUAAAUUUCACUCUACUGCCAGACAGAUGGUUACGGCGGGAUUCGCAUGCCUCAUAGCUGUAUUUGUUCUUAGGUCAAUUCAGAGAAGUAACGAAUGGAGAGUACCUCUGGCUUUGUACACGUCAGGAGAUAAGGUCUGCCCAAACAAUGCAAAGAUUCAGAUGGGACAAGCCAUGUAUUAUGAUGCCAUCAACAAAACAGACGCUGCCAUCAUAAAAUACAGACGAGCGAUUGAGUUGAAUUCUCAGGACUACGCAUCAAUGCUUUACUUGGCCGUCAUCUUCAGACGUGAAGGCGAGAUGUUGGAGGCUGAACAGCUGCUUGAGAGAUCUGUCGCUAUCAGAUCAGACAACGUAGAGGCGUUGAUGGACCUAGGCGUAGUUCGAGCAGAACUGAAGAGGAAUGAAUUGGCAGAGACAAGCUUCCUUGAAGCUAUUCGAGAAGACAACAAAUGCGUUAAAUGCUAUUUUAACCUUGGGAAUUUUUAUCGAGGCACGGGACGAUCUACCGAAGCGAUCAGUGCAUGGCGAAAUGCAACCGAUUUAUACCCCCGUUACACGCCAGCAUGGAAAAACGCCAUCCUGCUUCUGAUUGACUUGAAGAAGUACGACAAAGCUAUUGAGGUUGGUAUAGAAGCACUGAAGGCACUGCCAAAGGAAACAAACCUGAUGUUCCAUCUGGCCAAUACUUACAUCAUGGUGGAUAAGUUCCAGGAAAGUGAGGACCUGUUCCUGGCUGGACUACAGAUAGACCCACACAGCGCCAAGUUCCAUCACAACCUAGGUGUGCUGUACCAUCGGUGGGGAAACACUGACCAGGCCGAGGUAUCUUUCACACGGGCAGUGGAACUGGAACCAACUGAUGCAACGUACCUUCAAAACUUACAUCUGAUUCAAGCCAAAAUAAGGAACAACGCGUAGGCCAUAUAUGACGUUUUGAUAAGCAUAUUCAUAGAACGUAUGUAAAACAAAACCCGAAAAGAUAAACCACCAGCCAAAGAAAACAAAUACGACAGUGACUGUUAUUGGCCAAGAAGGAAAACUCAGGAUGAUGUAAUUCCGUGUCUGCACAUACCAGAAGACAGGUCCACUCCGUCACUAUGGCAUUGUUU